AUGAUUCUGGCGUUCCAACAAUGGUCUGCCCCGCCAGUGCUGAUGCUUCUUUGCCUGCUUCUCAUUUUCAAUGGGAAGGUGGAAAGAACCGUUGACGUAGAAUAUGUGGAGGUUUUCGCAGGGGUCGCUGAAAUCAGCAAAGCUUGUAGGGCGCAUGGCAUGGUUGGAUCUUCGCAUGAUCUCGCCUACUCUCCACACUAUGAUUUGUGUGGACGCACUGGGUUUUUGAUGGCAGUCAAUGAGCUUCUCCGUGCUGUUCCUGGCUCGCUUUGUGUCUUCGCUUUGUGCUGCAACAGCUACUGCCGAAUGAGUCGAGCUACGUCUGGCCGUGGAAUCCUAUGCCCUCUUGGAGAUAUGUCCCGCAAGUUUGUUCGGGAGGGCAACCUCUUAGCCAGCCGACUGAUACUGAUGCUUUGGAUAUGUGCCAGCCGGGGAUUGAUUUGGCUAGUCGAGCAGCCAGAGGGGAGUGUCUUCAAUCUGCAUCCCCGGUGGCAAGAGUUUGUGGCCCACUGCCCUGUCCCCCGGCAGAAUUUAACAAAUAUGUUCGUAUCAAAGAACCAGCAAUGGCUACUACCCAAAGGGAUACAUAUAGCAAUGUUCCUGGUGGUUUGGCACCCAAAAAGGGCCCCCACAACCCUCAAAAUAUAUCAGCAAAAAUUUGGGAAAACGCUUUUGGAGCACGUUAUUGUGAGAAUCUUCUUGGUGGAAAAACCAACAGGAGAAUUACCCCAGAUAUAUAUCUAG